AUGGAAAAUACUAUAUCUGAGAAAACAGUAAAAAAUGAGUCUAGAUCAAGAGAAGCCCCAUCCCAUACAAUUUCAUUGAAUGAAGAAGAUUCAAAUGAAUUUAAUACUACUCUGGAUAAAGACAGUAUACAAAAAAUGCUUAAUAGUCAGCAAAGUUGUAUGCAUGAAUAUUUAAACUGCGUUGCCAGUCCACUUAAUUAUGAAUUUAGAUUUAAUCUAUUUUUACAAAAGAUGAAUGCCAAAUUUAAAAGGUCUAUUGAUCUUAUUCAAUUUUUCACUUUAUGGUUCUAUUGCUGUGUAAUGCAAGUUAUAUUCCUAUUCGGUAUUGCUGGAAAAGAUCUAACCCAAAUUCCUAUAAAAAUUGACUUUUUAGACAAUACAACUCCACUUAUUAUAUAUAUAUUCGUUGGUUUGCUAUUGUAUAUCUCAUGUAUUUUAAUGAACACUCUAUUUAUAAAUAACCUACUGAAUGGCCAAGCCUUCCAAGUAUCAACGGAUUAUACUAUGCUUACUCUGAAAAUUACAAUAACAGGAAUCGCCGGCAUGUUAGUUGGAAUGUUUAUAAGAAAAUGUGAACUUUCUAAUUUCAUGUUACUAUUUAUAAUAUACAUGGCAGUCUGUGUUGUGUUGGUAAUUUUCAGGUUAGUAUUUAGUAUUUUUAAGAAUAAUAACAAACCGAGAUUUUUUAGUUUUAAAGGGUCCAUUAUUAAGAGUAUUUUAAAUGUAUUGUAUGUUCUAUAUACUAUAAGCUUAAUUGCAGUUAGUCUUAUAGUUUUGUUUUAUGCUGAGAAUGGUUUAUAUUCUCAUAUUUUAUUCAUUGGGUACAAUCCUUUACUGCAGAAUAGAAAUUAG